AUGCUGUCCACCGCGGGCACGUAUGCGGUGAAGAAGAGGAAAAAGCCGGUGCGAAGGAGACCCAGGCCUGGCGUCAACCGGUCUUCAGAGGGCUUCCUCAGGGACGCGGAGACCCCGGAGCCUGGCGGCACAACCCCCAGGGGCGCAGGGUUCCCAGCGCAUGGGGGCGGCUUUGCUCUCAACGGCUUCCUCAUGGCUGUUACAGAGGAUGGCUAUGUUUUCUACGUCUCUCCCACAGUCCAGGACUACCUAGGAUUUCAUCAAUCAGAUGUCAUCUAUCAGAGUGUGUUUGAGCUGAUCCACAAGGAGGACAGAGCCAUGUUCCAGAGCCAGUUUCUCUGGCCUGCAGAUGCAGCACCUGUCAGCAGAGAGGGUGAGCAGGACAUCCACUCUCUGGCAGGAGAGAAGUUUCUCUCACUUAGUGGCUCCUCCACCGACUGCCUGCAGCAUCAGCCCUUGGAUGACCCCUCCUAUCUGGAAAGAAGUUUUGUUUGUCGCUUCCGCUGCCUGCUGGACAAUUCUUCUGGGUUUCUGGAGUUGAAUUUCCAUGGCCAUCUGAAGUUCCUCCCUGGACAGAACAAUAGGUCAGAAGAUGGUAUCCUCAUGUCUCCUCAACGCACCCUGUUUGCCAUUGCAGCACCUCGCCAGCCACUCACCAUCCUGGAGCUCCAAGAUGAAACAUUUCUUUUCCAAACAAAACACAAAUUGGAUUUCACACCCAUAGCCUGUGAUUCCAGAGGCAAGCUGGCCCUGGGCUACACCGACCGCGAACUCCGCAGGAGGGGCUCCGGCUACCAGUUCAUCCACGCGGCCGACGUGAUGCACUGCGCCGAGAACCACGUGCGGCUGAUGAGGACGGGCGAGAGCGGCCUCACGGUGUUCCGGCUGCUCACCAAGCAGGCCGGCUGGCUGUGGGUGCAGUCCAACGCCCGCCUGCUGCUCCGCGGCGGCCAGCCCGACUGCAUCGUCGCCCGACAGCGGGCCCUGACGAAUGCAGAGGGGGAGGAGCACCUGCGCAAGAGAGCCCUGCAGCUGCCAUUCAUCUUCACCACAGGGGAAGCCAUCCUAUAUGACAGCAGCCCCCUGAGCCCUGUGGAUGCCCUCCCAGCCAGGAAGAGGAUCAGGGCAAGGAAGGGCACCCCCACUGGUCAGGGUCCUGUGCACCCAGGCUCUCUUCUGGGAGCCAUGAUGCAGCAAGAUGAAUCCAUAUACUUGUCGUGCAUUGCCCCAACCCCACAAGGCUCACCCUUGGAGAGGUGGAGGUCCAAUGACAGUCAUGAGCACAAGGAAGAGAAAGAGGAGGAGGAAGACAACUCCCUCCUGGCUCUCACUGAGACCCUGCUGGAGAAGGACACAGAAGAACAGCCUAAUGUCUGCUGCACUCUCCAGCACCUGGGGGUCACUGACCUCAGCCAGUGUGUGUGGGAAGAGAGCCUUCUCAGGGCUGACUCAGGCCCUGCAGGGUCUCAGAAUUGCCACCCACUACCACCCAGCCAGGGAGGGGGCUCCCACAGGGGAAAGAAAGUGCUUUUUCAUGACAGUGGGAAUGUGGCAUUGCCCCCACCAUCCAGCACAACUGCUCCACAGACCCUGAAGCCACAGCCUUCGCUGGGCUCGGGUCAGCUUACUGUGGAAGUGGCUCCACCUCAGCACAUGGGCACAGUGCCCAGCUACCUUCACACACACACCCAGCAUUUUCUCAUCUCUGGCCCUACACUCCAGAGUUCUCCACAGUGGCAGCUUCAGCACAGCCAGGAUAUGCCUUUGAAUUUCAGGAUAUGCCAGAAACCAACAAUAUUUGACCUCAGCCCCCUCCCUGAGGCCUCCAGCCCCAGCCAACCUGCCCAGGUGUUUCAGCCAAACCACACAUCUUCACUCCCUUUAGGAGAAAAUAUCCCUAGACACCUGGCUCAGCCAGGUGCUGGUGUUCUGGAUUUUUGCAAAGAACCCAUGCCCUGGACAGCCUCACACAGUGGUCAGUGUCAAAAGCCCUUGAUCACCUCAGAUCCCACCUCCUGUGGCACCUAUCCCUUGGAAAGCAUUUGGGAUUCCCCGAUCCAGGGCCAGCCAGCACUAGUCCCUGUGGAGGUGGAGGCAGGGCAGGUAGCAAGGCAGGCCCAGCCUGACCCCUUCCACCACCUGUGGUCGACCAUGGCCAACCUGUGCCCUCCAUGGGCAGGGCCAGCCAGUGACAUUCCUCCUAACUUGUGCUGGGGUUUGCCCCCAUCUGUGCAGGGAGAAGCGGGUAACCCAAAGGAUACAGCUGGGAGUCAAGAGCACCCACCCCACUCCCUGGUGGUGAGCAAGCUCUCGGGGAGCUCUGCCUGCCCUUCGCAGGAGCUCCUGCAUAUACCCUUGGCUAUGCAGGACUCUUACAGCAUGGACCCCUGCCCAGCUGCCAAGCAACAUCAGUGGGUACAAAUGGGGCUGCAGACCCAGGAAGCUUGCGGGCCAGUGAGAGAAGGGUUGCCAAGUGCCCAGCCCUUGGGUGGCUGCCCAAGAGAUGCCAUCCCCCAGGCCCUGGAGCCAAGCCCCUUCCUGUCCUCCAAGAACAGCUCCCUAGGCAUAGGCAGCAGCCAAGGCAAGAGCCCAGCUGAAGCCACAAGGCACAGCAAGGACAAACUGGUCAUUGCAGCCCCAGGGGCUGUGGGGAGACCCCAGGUGCAGUCUAGCCUGACCCUGCCUCCCUGCCCUCCUGACUCUGCCUGGCCACCUGCAUCUAUGCAGGGCAGCCAUGACGUCCAGCUCCAGGUAAGUGUUAGCAAGGAGGACCACGGGGAUUUGUGGGUAGCAGGGAGGGGCACUCUAUCUCACUGGUCAAGUGCAGAGCUCCUAGCAAAUCUGGAUGUGAGGGGGCAUCUGCCCAGCUGGCCAGUAUAGGAGGGGUAUCCCACCAGCCCAGCUGGUCCUAAGCACAGCAUUAUUGUGAAGCUGCAGUGCAGGGAUACGUGGAGGGAUUCUUCAAAUGUAGCAGGUCACUGUCAGUGUUGGUCUACUGAGGCUAGUAAUGGUGGCAGGAGCAGCUUUACCCCUGGGAAUAGUGUGGUUAUGACCUGGUGGGCCCUCCAGCUGCAGUCUUCUGGGCAUCACUAAGCCACCUGGACACCUACUUUGUAAUGUAAUUUAGCCCAGCUUUGGACACCCAGAGUUGGAUUGGUUGUAUUUUGAAUUUGACACCCUCUUCUGCUGUGC